AUGAGUAGUUCCGCUCGGCAGAUGACGCCUCCGAGCACGAGCCCCCAACAACCACGGGGCUCCAACAAGAACAACUCUGUGGUGGAGCUGACGGAGGAUCAGCAGCAGGAGAUAAAGGAGGCCUUUGACCUCUUUGACACGGACGGCAGCGGAACCAUCGAUGCGAAGGAGCUGAAGGUCGCCAUGCGGGCGCUUGGCUUUGAACCCCGCAAGGAUGAAGUGCGCCACCUGCUAAUGUCUAUCGCCGAUGAGCGCGGGGGAUUGGGGGCUGACGCUGCCGCUGCCGGUGCGGAGCCGCUGGCGGUUGGCUUUGCGGACUUCAUGGAGCUCAUGGCGCGCAAAAUGACGGAGCGCGACUCGCGCGAGGAGAUGCUGAAGGCAUUUCACCUCUUUGACAGCGACAAGACGGGGAAGAUCUCGUUUAAGAACCUGAAGCGCGUGGCGCAGGAGCUCGGCGAGAACAUGACGGACGCGGAGCUGCAGGAGAUGAUAGACGAGGCCGACCGCGAUGGUGACGGGGAGGUGAGCGAGGACGAAUUUCUCCGCGUGAUGAAGAAGACAUCGCUUUACUAA